AUGGGCGAGGAUGCUCAGCUGGAGGAGCCUGACGAGGGUUAUGGUCUAUCACCUGCACACGAUGAAUCACUAAAACUUGACGAGGAGGCUGAUCGAUGGAUUUGUUCCAUUGAUGGGUCAUGCAUAAACAAAGGAAGACGCCCUUAUGAACAGUAUGAGCUUCAACCGUGUUCGGAGAUUACUCUGGAUGAGCAACAAGCGCUCCGACCUGCCGUUUCCAGAGAGACGACUGCAAUGUCUCCUGCAAUGAUACUAGAUGAUAGUCAACCUGUGUUUCGGAAUAUCUCAAGAAGGCAGCAGUCGAGCGUUUAUGAAAUGAAAGCUCCAUCUUCGAUUUUCCUACCACAGCCUCUGGAUACAUCGACGAAAAAAGACCGAUCGCCCAUCAAACGAUCGAAGGCUCACCAUAAAUCCUCUCUUGGGGCACGUCGUGAAAUAAGUCCAAUUGCCCGCGUGUCCAGCUUCGAUUGUCUGCAGAAGUCCGUUUGUAGCUCAGCACAGAUAUAUGAUCCUCUUCGAAGGGCUUCUAGUCAAAUAUCUAUGUCGCUCGAAAAUGGCUUCAGUGCAGAAUUGAAGAGUCAGGGUGACAAGUUAAUGAAUGGCCUCAAAGCCAUCUUGAAGGAAAGGAUUGUGCAAGAGAAAUUAUCUCGGCCACCAUCCUACCCGUCGGCUCAGCCUACAUUAGUCACGGCGUUAUCAUCUCGUGCCGGUAGUGUGAGCACGGUGUCAACAGGACGCGAUCCAUUAACGAAAGAAGUUCGUCUACUUCGAGAAGCCCUAGAUGGAUUUGAUCUAAUUGGUCGGGCGCAAGGUGGCACCUCUCCUCUCCCAAAAGGAGACGAAACUAUACCAGAUUCAUUCACGAUGCCUGAUGAAGUGGUUUCAUUGGAAAGACCUGCUAGUGGAUCCCGCGGUACAUCCGCUGUGGAACAGGCUCGACUAAGCUCUCGUGGUUCUAUCCAGCUGAUAAGCGACAAUGGAAUACGGGACACAGAACACAGCUCAACUGGUUUACGAAGGCUCGGCAGAGGGGCAUUCGAUCGGCAUUCCGAAAAGCAUCUGAGAGAGCAAGGUGUCAACACUCAUAAAGUGCCUGUUCGUCAUGUGGUCAUAACUCAUCGCGUCAAGCAUGAACUGGACCAUGGUUCAAGACGAAGCCGUUUCCACAUCGGUUCGCUUCAUUCCGACGAAAGGCCCCGUUUCCAACCGUUCAAAUUGAGAUCCGCUCCCGACGACAGCUAUCAGUUGCUUGAUAUCGACUCAGUACCCCAUCUCGGCAGACGCGGAAGCGCUGCUUUCGAGGGUGCUGCCGCUCGAGCUACUAUUCAUGGACAAGAAAAUGAGGAAACUGGUCACCAUGCACCCAAGCAGCGGAAGUCUGGUGGUGGAAAACGUGGCAGACCAGUUGUUAUAGGAAGAUCAUUGUACAGUAGAGGCAGAGUACAUUUCAGACCUCACGUUCAUUAUCAUCCGUUACCGAGGAGCAAAAGCUCAGAUGAAGUUUCACCACCUGCCGAAGAAGGAGCUGUUGAUUGUGGGCGGCACGAUGCAGCAAUUAUGACUGAAAAGCCUGAAACGCGACCUCGUACGGAUGACAAAGCAGCUGAUGAGGCUGCUCAAAAUCAGUCAGAUGAUGAAGACAGCGAGGAUGAGGACUUACCAACUGUUCGUAGAAAGUCUCCCGCUAGUAAGAAGCAACCCUUCGUUGGUUCUGGGUUAAAGGCCUCAAAUACAUUUUCUAUAGCCGGCAACCAACAACAAGUCAUGAAAGUGACAAGCACUCGAUUUCAGGAGUGGCUGCCGUUAGUUAGGAGUAUAAUCUACGAUUCACGCUGUAAGGACUACGCGCAUGCUCUUCAACGUGACCUCACCCGACAGAAGCGAUCUCAUUCUGAGCAAAUGCGAUUGCUACAUGUGGACUUGGAUGAGUGCAAAACUGAGGCUGGCAGACGCGAAAUCCGCGCUGACAUCGCUCGACUCAAACAACAAUGGACGGGUAAACAUGACCGAGUGCUUUCUUGUCUGAAUGAGCAUAUUUCGAAAGGCGGUGUCUGGUCGAAGGUCCAGCAGCUGAGGACGAUUUAUUCCGCCCUCGUGUCGUGA